AUGCCUGUUGUUCUCAUCGGGAUCUGCGUGUCCGGAGCAGUUGGGAAUUUGCUCGUUUUGCUGAUUUUGAUCUGUGACUUUAGAAACAAAAGGGGCUCCGAGGUGAAAGUCCUCCUCUCAUCUCUGGCCUCCUUGGACUUGGCGAUCUUGCUGCUGUGCGCUCCUGUGCGCGCGAUCACUUACUACAAGCAAACCUGGACCCUGGGCAGCUUCGUGUGCAGCACCACGGACUGGUUCCAGCACUCGUGUGUGGUUGCAAAAACUUUACUCCUUGCAGUCACAACAAGAGCCAAACACACUUUGGUCCCCAGUCCCAACACGGGGCCCCUGAACAUCCCAACGUGGAUCCAUGGAGCCGUGGUGAUUACCUGCGUCGUGUCCAUGAUGUUUCCAAUUCCCCAGAUGCUUUUCGCCUCUCUGGUGCCUCAUGCCCGAGACACUAUUUGCGUCUACAAAAUGCCAGCGUGUGCAGCCGACUUCAUGAGUUUGUUCUACAAGAUUUAUCCAACUGCAUGCUAUGUGGUGCCGGUCAUCUUCACCAUUGCCUACUACACCAAAGCUCUGCACACCGCGGUGAACCACGCACCUAGCCCGCAGCGCCAGAGCAAAGUCACCCUUGUUUUGUUGUGUCUGAGUGGAGCUUUGGGGCUCAUGCUGCUGCCAGAGUGGGGCACGUUCACCUGGAUCAGGCUAGGGUACAACAAGCCUCCCGUGGGUUUGAUCAUCUUUGCGCAAGUCAUGGUUUACGCUUGCAGCUCCUUCUCUCCGGUGAUCCUAAUGACCAUGUACGACGACGUGCGCCAAGGACUGGUCCAGAUCUGGUUCAUCGCGUCCUGCAGAGGGUCGAAGCAGCUUCCCAGCAACAAGUGUCAAAAAACGGAGGGAAAUGGAGCAGAAGUGGGGGCCAACUCCGUGGAAAACGCAAUCGCACAGGAGGGGGAGAUGACCAUCCCAGAUGUGGAGCACUUUUGGACAGGGCGCAGGAAUACGCACGUGGAGGUUGAGCAGGAUCCGGUUCCAUGGGAGAGAGAAGAGAAAAUGUUAUAG